AUGGCCGCUCCAAGCAAGUCUGCCAAGCCUAAGGUUACUCCUGCCACUCACUUGAUUGCUGGUGGUAUCGCCGGCUUUGCCGAGGCGAUUACCUGCCACCCGCUGGACACCAUUAAGGUGCGCAUGCAGCUGUCGCGCAAGGGCCGUGGCGCUGGCGAGCGGCCCCGUGGCUUCUUCGCGACGGGUGCACACAUCGUGCGCCGCGAGACGCCCCUAGGUCUCUACAAGGGUCUCGGGGCCGUGCUGGCGGGUAUCGUGCCGAAGAUGGCCAUCCGCUUCAUGAGCUUUGAGCAGUACAAGGGCCUGCUCGCCAACAAGGAGACCGGUGUGACAAGCGCUCAGGGCGUCUUUUUCGCCGGUCUUCUGGCCGGUAUCACCGAGGCGGUCGCCGUCGUGAACCCCAUGGAGGUCGUGAAGAUCCGUCUGCAGGCGCAACAGCACUCGCUCGCCGACCCGAUGGAGAAGCCCCGCUACCACAAUGCCGCGCACGCCCUCUACACGAUCGUGCGUGAGGAAGGCUUUUUCACCCUCUACCGCGGUGUGGCCCUCACGGCGGCGCGCCAGGCCACCAACCAGGCGGCUAACUUCACCGCAUACCAGGAGCUCAAGGCUCUGGCCCAGCGCCUCCAGGGCACGAAGGACCUGCCUUCGUACGAGACGGCUACGAUCGGUCUGAUCUCGGGUGCCCUCGGUCCGUUCUCGAACGCCCCCAUCGACACCAUCAAGACCCGCAUCCAGCGCGCUAGCAAGGUGGAGGGUGAGACGGCGGUCAGCCGUGUUAUGAAGGUCGCGCGUGAGAUGUUUGCCCAGGAGGGUGUGAGCGCCUUCUGGAAGGGCAUUACCCCUCGUGUUGCUCGUGUUGCACCGGGCCAGGCGGUCGUAUUUACGAUCUACGAAAAGGUCAAGGGUAUUCUUGAAAACAGCGGUCAGCCCAAGACCCCCGAUACGAUCAAGCAGUAA